AGCCUCCCCCAGGCCGACUCUCCUACGCACGAACGUCACCACCCACCAUGCAGUCCGUUAUCCGCCGCACCGCUCUCGCCGAGAGGCAAGCCGCCCGGCGUCUCGUGAAGCGCCGUACGAAGAACCAUCAUGAGGAGAUGAAGACGCGGCGGGAGCAGGAGCGCUUCGGUCAGAAACAUUUGACGGGGGAUAUCAAGAAUGCCCGGGCUGCGAGGCGUGAGGAUUACGAUCUUGGUCCGUUGGCGCCGAGGCGUGAUGUGGGAUUGAAGAAGGAGACGUAUGGGACGAUUCACUCGAAUCAGUUGCAGGGGCCGAAGUUGACGAUGGAGGAGAGGUUGGCGGUUAAUCCGUCGGGGGGGAGGUUUGCCAAUAUCGUGGCUGGGGAUCGGGUGGUGGUGUUGGAGGGUGCGGAUAAGGGGAGGAUAGGGAAGGUGCAGAGUUUUGAUACGGAGAAGCAGCAGAUUGUCGUCGCGGGGUUGAAUAUGGUCGACAUCGCAGUCCCCAAAUGGAUGAUGACCUCUCCCGAGUCCGGCGGCCGCCCCGUCCGCAGCAUCGAGAAGCCCCUCUCCAUCGCAUCCGUCAAACUCGUCGUCCCCCUCCCCGACCCCGAAACGGGCAACGUCCGCGACGUCAUCGUCCGCGACAUCGUCAACAGCAAGAUCAUCUUCAACAAAUCCGGCGGCGCGAAUUUCGUCCGCAUGAUCGCCGGUCUGAACACCGUCAUCCCGUGGCCCAAGACGGCGCCGAAGGAGCACCCCGACCACGACGCUGAUACGCUGCGUAUCGAUGUCGAGACGAGGACGUUCCUGCCGACGCUGCUGAAGCCGCCGAUGCCGGAUAGUGUGAUUGACGAGCUGCGGAACCGGUUCUCGAUCUUCCGUACGCGUCACGAGGACGCGUAUCUCGAGAAGAAGGAGGCGGAGGAGGCGGCGAAGGAGGAGCGCAAGGAGUCGAUCAGGUUGAUGCGGACGCCGCUGAAUGAGGUCAAUAAGCGCGAGAGGACGAAGCGUAAGGCGUUGGGGAAGGGGGAGUUGACGGAGGAGAUGUUGGCGGGAAUUGGGGCGGUGAUUGCGAGGAAGAGGGGGAAGGCGCUGGAGGCGGCGGGGUUGGAGGCUUCGACGUUCUAGAUGGGCGUGGUGUGGGCUUUGUACAAAUAGGGGAAAAUUGCGCGUGUUGUUGUAGUAGUAGAGCGAGAACUGUGAUGGUUGUGUAGUAGAGUGGGCAUUAUAGGCGUUUGCAUCUUCAUUUGUCAAAUCUAUAUAUGUACAACAAUACAAUCGCAUUAUACACAUAUCCUUACCGCUUCUCUGUGCUUUCCCUCUAUAUCUUUCUUCCGUAUC